CAGACUCUGUGGCAUGUGCGUGUUGAUACCUGAAAACACGUUUUUAGCAGAGAUUUCUUUCCUUUAAACAUGGCUCCAAGAUUGAGAAAAAGGCAAAUCAAAGUGACCGAGGAGGCCGACGUGAACCCUGAUGACCAGGCUGAAACUGUCUCCUCCAGUGGAGAAACACCAGUGACAGAGGAGAAGAAGCUCACCGAGGGCGCAGAAGCAGAGGUGAAACAGAAGGAUGAGGAAGACCAAAAUGAACCAGAUGUUCAGAUGGACAUUGAAGUGAAAGGAGGUGCUCCAACUGUCAGCAUGUCCUGGGAGAGCAGCACUGCUGAAGGAGCGGAUGUUCACACAGAAGAGACGGCAGCAGCAGAGGCCAUGGAAAGUGAAACACAGCCUGAGACGACCUCUUCAGAUGCUGCAGUUGGUUCUACAGAAGAAGCUCCAACUCAAACUGAAGAAGCUAAAGUGGAACAAGAUGUAAAAGAAUGUGGGGAUAAACAAGACGGUCAAAGUGCUCCAACAGUAGCUGUGACCUGCGAAAAGGAAAACCAGCAAGAAAAGAGUGAGGAUGCUGAAAAGGAGGCUGACCAGAUGACGAACAAGGACGCAGGCGUGAACGGAGAACAGAGAGCGCACUCAGAGGAUGACGCUCCUCCAGCAAAGAAAGCUAAAGUCGUCGAUGAUGGUUUUCGUGUCUUUUUCGGCAACCUGAACGACUCCAAAACGCGCGAAGAAGUGAAAAGCUCGCUAGAAAGUUACCUGAAGAGCCAGAGCCUGGCGUUUGACAACCUGAAACUAAACCGCACCAGGAAGUUCGCUUUCGUAGAUUGCGCCACGGAGCUGGACCGGACUAAAGCCCUGGAGUUAAACGGUGAGGUGCUCCUGGAUAAGCCGAUGAAGAUCGCCAAGGCAAACGUGAAAAGCGCCAACAAAGACAAAGUAGAAGUAAAAGUUCCUGCUGUGGACAAAAAAGGAAAGAGAGCGCACUCAGAGGAUGACGCUCCUCCAGCAAAGAAAGCUAAAGUCGUUGAUGAUGGUUUUCGUGUCUUUUUCGGCAACCUGAACGACUCCAAAACGCGUGAAGAAGUGAAAAGCUCGCUAGAAAGUUACCUGAAGAGCCAGAGCCUGGCGUUUGACAACCUGAAACUAAACCGCACCAGGAAGUUCGCUUUCGUAGAUUGUGCCACGGAGCUGGACCGGACUAAAGCCCUGGAGUUAAACGGUGAGGUGCUCCUGGAUAAGCCGAUGAAGAUCGCCAAGGCAAACGUGAAAAGCGCCAACAAAGACGAAGUAGAAGUAAAAGUUCCUGCUGUGGACAAAAAAGCUGCCGCAUCUCAAACCAACACUUUGCUUGUGAGUAAUUUGUCGGACACGACGACAGGAAAACACCUUCAGAAAGUCUUUCCGGAGGCCGUUAGUAUCCGGAUACGUCAGAGCAAGUCCAGACCAGACGUCUUUGCGUUUGUGGAGUUCGUGAGCGUGGACGCUGCUGCCAAAGCGCUGAAGUUGUCCCAGGGCGUCACCGUCUGCAAAAGGCCGGCCAAAGUGCAGUUUUCUCAGAAUCCCAAACCAGAGGAAGGAAAAGUGCUGUCGACGACGCUGAUCGUGAUGCACCUCUCCGACCGGACGACUGGCGAGAUGCUUCAGAGCGCGUUCGAAGGAGCCGUCAGCGGAAGAGUCGCCAUUGAUAAAGAGACGGGACUCUCCAAGAGGUUCGGCUUCGUGGAGUUUGAGAGCGAAGAGAAUUGCAAAGCCGCCAAAGAAGCGAUGGAGGACUGUUUGAUCGACGGCAGAAGAGUGAUUAUAGCUUAUGCAAAAGAGCAGGUGAAAAAGGUUCCUGCUGGACAGACCGGAUCCCCGAGAGACGGAAAAGGAAGCUCUGGAGAAACAGCGACUGGAAAGAGGAAAGCAGACUCUGCAGCCAAGACUCCGCCGCCCAAGAAAACUAAAAUGGCAAAAGACGUGAAGGGAGAACAGAGAGCAGGCCCUGCAGCCGAGACGCCCCCACCAGAGAAAAGCAGCGUGAUUAAUAAUGAUUUAUCUCUCUAUGUUGGAAACCUGAACAACUCAAAACAGUUUGAAGAAAUCAAAACUUCACUAGCAACUUACUUCUUGACCCAAAGCCUCCUCUUUCAAGACAUCCGAUUAGACCAGUCCAAGAAACAUGCUUUCGUAGAUUUCGCCUCUGAAGUGGACCUGGCGAAAGCCUUGACGUUGAAUGGAGAAGUCAUUCUGGAUAAACCCGUGAAGAUCGCCAAAGCAACCUCCAAAGGGGGGCGGAAAGCGGAGGUGAACUCUCCCAAAGUGGAAAAAACAAGCAAAAAGAAAAGAGGAGGGAAAGGAAGAAAAAGAGGAAAAGGCAACGCAGAGGACGCCCUCCAGGACGCAGCUGACCAAGUGGAAACUAACAACUCAUAAAAAGUGUGUAUGGACACAGAAUCCGCUGAUUCUGUUGAACUGGUGGAGUGUUUAGGUUUGAACUCGUGCUAUAAUAUUUGUACAGUGUUAUAAAAUUGUGCUACUUUUAAAGGAUAAGUUUGGUUUAAACAGUUCUCACGUUUAUAGAAUGAAGCGCUGUUUGGAUCAGAAAAGCCUUCUGGGUGAGUUUGUUGUUGUACUUCAUUCUAUAAACAACGGGAAAACGGUUUAAACCAAACUUAUCCUUUAAUUUGAAUAGAUUUUGUCUUUGAACUAGUAAUCUAGUAAAUGAAUUUAUUGAAUUUACAAACUAUUGGUUUUCAGAUUCAGUUUUUUUUUCUUGUGAAAAAUUGGCAACACUGUUUUAAAAGACAAAUUUUUCUAA